AAGAUGGCUUCUGAGGACAAAGAUCUUGUGGAAAUCUUAGAGGAGCAUAACCAAAUUGACAUUGCCAAAUAUAUCAAUUAUGUGAGUGCUCCACAGGUAGGUGCUUUUGCAACAUUUUCUAGUACCACGCGCGACACCUUUAAAGGCAAAACAGUCUUGGAGCUUAGAUAUGAAGCGUAUGUGCCCAUGGCACUAUGGUGCAUGAAGUCCAUUUGUUCAUCUGCUAGAUCAUCCUGGAAUCUCCUCUCCAUUGCAGUGGCCCACUGCCUCGGCCCAGUUCUAGUUGGUGAAACAAGUGUUUUCAUUGCAGUCUCAGCCGUUCAUUGGGCUGAUGCAUUGGAUGCUUGUAAAUUUGUGAUUGAUGAGAUAAAGGCAUCAGUUCCAAUAUGGAAGAAGGAGGUUUACAGUAAUGGAGAGGUUUGGAAGGAGAAUUCAGAGUUCCUGGAGCGAAGGCUGGAUCUUGGGAAAAAAGAUGAGAUGUGGAAUGAAAAAGAAAUUGAAGUUGAAGUUGAGAGGCAUACUAGGAAGAGCUGUUGUGGGGCUAAGGUAAAGGUCAUUGAGGAAGGAGAUAAAAAAUGAAGCUGAGCAAAGCU